CUAACUCUCCUCCCCGCCGCCCUCUCUCUCUCCCCCCGCUGCCACCUCCCCUCCCCUUCUCACGCCCCUCCGGCUCUCUCUCUCGCAGAUCUGGAGCUGGGCCGCCGCGCCAGGGCGGAGCCAGGCCGACGCCGCGGGCUGACGCUGCCGGGGUGGAGCGGGGCCGUCUCGUCGGGUCGACACAGCCGGGGUGGAAUGGCGCCGCGGCCGUCGCCACGGGUCGAUGCGGCCGGAGCGUAGCGGGGUCCCGCGGCUGGGGCGGAGCCAGUCUGCCGCCGCGGUGCCUCCAUCUCCGACGAGGCAGCUGCUCUCAACAAGCCCCACGACCAUAGCCCCAAGCCGGCACCGGCAAGAAACACCGGCGGCAAGGCGGCCGUCAAUCCCCUCACCGCCCGCGUCCCCGGCAGUCGCACUCGCUGCGCCAUCCUAUCCGCCGCGUCCGCUCCCUCGAGCUCUCCGACCCGCCGCGCCCGUCCCCGCUCGUAACGAUGCCGAUGCCGCCGUCCUGUUCCACCUCCAAAUCGAGCUGCAGGAGCGGGCCCGGGAAGCGGCGGAGAAGUGGAAAUCCCGGGUGGUGCCGUGGGCGGCGGCGCGGGACGAGGGCCUCAAGGUCGCGCUGCAGCGGGAGAAGAAGACGAGGGAGCCACGCGCGGAGACGGAGCUGGCGGCUGGCGAGCUGGACCGGCUGCCCAAACCUCCGCGUCCUCCCUUUCGCCGCCGCCGCAGCCCUUGGCCCCUUGCUUCUCACCACGUCCAUGGCUCCAUGGGAUGUGGAUCUGCGCAUAUGGUAAUCGACUGGUUUAAUGCGCAAGAAACAGGUCUGGAUCUGUGCCAUGCUACAUUUCUUUAUCCCUGAACUUAUGAUGGUGCUCCUCUGAUCCAUUUAUUAUGUAUAAUAUCUGGUUUUCUGCACUUUUUUAUUAUUUUGCACUGCAGCUACAAUCCAUCCGUCUGUUUUUUUACUGAUCUGAGGCAUUUUGCAUAUGCAGUGAUGAUCUCUCUACUCUUUUCUUACUCACUUUGCCAUAUGCAGUGAUGACAUUCAUUUUCCAUGUACUGAACUGACCCAUUUGAACUUAAGCUUGAGAAGGGGCAGAGUACUAGGAUGGGCAUCAUGAACUGCGGUUGAUAGAUAACCUGAAUUACCUUCA